GUCACGUGACGGCGCGGCCGAAGGAGCGGGGCCGGCCGGCCGGGGCGGCGGCGAGGUGCGGGGCCGGCGGCGGGUGGGGCGCGGCGUGGCGCGGUGCGGUGGCAGCCUAUGGGGCUCGGGGUGGUCGGCGGCUCGUGGGGAUGCGGCCUCCGGGUGAGGCCAUCUGUGGGCUGCGUCCGGCCGCGAGGCGGUGAUCUCCGCUGCGCGUGGGGCAGAAACACGCGUGGAAGCGGCGCGCCGCUGAGCGGUGCCCGAUGUCCGCGGUGAGAGCAGCCGGGCUGUCUGCGGAGCGGGGGGCGCGCGGGAGGGGUUGUUUGGCGCGGGUGGCCCCUCCCGCAUCGCCGCGUGCCCGUGGCCGAUGACGAACAGCUCCCUGCGUAAACUCCGGCCGCAAUCCUCACCUGCUCGCAUCGCCCGGCCGGCCCUGGGCACCGUGACGCGGCCGCGCUGUGAUUUACGGCGUUGCUGGGUUGCCCCGAGCCUGGGCGUGCUGCUCCUGCGCUGCGUGCCGCGCGCCGCUCCGGCCCCCCGGGUGAAGCGGCGGUGCUGCGUGGAAGAGCCGCGCUGCGGAGCGGUGCGGUUUGCGGCCGUGGUGGGCGCUGCGCCGCGCGGCCCUUCGGGGACCGUCGGGGUGGUGGCACCGAGGGGGGGGGACAGACGGGUCCCCGUGCCCCGGAGCGUCCUUUGGAACCCGGGUGGGGGCUGAGGGAUGCGGAAGGAGUGGUGAAGUUCUGCAGGUGAAGCUCGGGAGGAAUGGGGCCGUGGAAGCGUGCCUGUGCAGCACACGCGCCGCUUCCUCGUGGGUGUCUGCAAAGGGACACCCCGUGGGUGUGCCCGUAACGGGGGCAGCAGCCCGGGGCAAAGUGCUUGUGGCCUUUGACCUGGGGCCACGUGGCUGGCAGCCGGGGCGGGCGCGCUGCCCUAUAAAUGCCUGCUGCGCUGCCAGCUGCCCUACCAGCAGUCGGUCCCUCCUGCCAUGGCCGGUGUCGGAGAGCCUGGGGCGGCGGAGCCGGCUGUCCCCAUGGAGCCCCGUGUCCCCACAGGGCCGGAUGUCCCUGCUGACGCUGCUCCAUCCUCAGGGGCCAUGUCCACUCGACGGCUGCGCAGCGAGGACUACAAUGACUACAGCUCCACCGACGUGACCCCGGAGGGCAGCCCGCCUGCAGGCAUCAACGGCUUCGCCCGGCCCGAGUCCUACCAGCGCUUCGGGGAGAGCAACGGGACCACGUGGUACCAGACCCUGAUCCACCUCCUGAAGGGGAACAUCGGCACCGGGCUGCUGGGGCUGCCCCUGGCUCUGAAGAACGCCGGCAUCCUGCUGGGUCCCCUGAGCCUGCUGGUGAUGGGUGUUGUGGCUGUGCACUGCAUGAGCAUCCUGGUGAAAUGCGCCCACCACUUCUGCUACAGGUUCCAGAAGCAGUUUUUGGACUACGGAGGAGCUGUGAUGUAUGGGCUGGAGUCAACACCCAUCUCCUGGCUUCGGACACACGCCGUCUGGGGAAGGCGUGUGGUGGGACUCUUCCUGAUCCUUACUCAGCUGGGUUUCUGCUGUGUGUACUUUGUCUUUCUGGCUGAUAAUCUGAGGCAGGUUGUAUCUUCUGCCAACAGCACCACCACUGACUGCCAGUCCAACAGGACGGUGACCCUCAUGCCCACCAUGGACUCCCGGCUCUACAUGCUCUCCCUGCUGCCUUUUGUGGUGCUGCUGUCGUUCAUCCAGAAUCUCAAGGUCCUGUCCAUCUUUUCCAUGCUGGCCAACGUGGCCAUGCUCAUCAGCCUUGUUGUAAUCUACCAGUACAUUGUCAGGGACAUCCCGGAUCCCAAAGCUCUGCCUCUCGCCGCAGCCUGGAAGACCUACCCUCUGUUUUUUGGCACAGCCAUCUUUGCUUUUGAAGGCAUCGGGGUGGUGCUGCCUCUGGAAAACAAGAUGAAGAACCCACGGCAGUUCCCUCUGAUCCUCUACGUGGGGAUGACGAUCGUUACCAUCCUGUACAUCAGCCUGGGUGUGCUGGGUUACCUGCGCUUCGGGGCAGCCAUCCAGGCCAGCAUAACACUCAACCUGCCCAACUGCUGGCUGUACCAAGCUGUCAAGCUGCUCUUCUCCUUUGGGAUUUUCUUCACCUACGCUGUGCAGUUCUACGUCCCUGCUGAGAUCAUCAUCCCACCACUGGUCGCCCGUGUGUCAGAGCGCUGGGGCUGGCUGGUCAACCUGCUGUUGCGAGUGGUCCUGGUCAGCAUCACCUGUGCUCUGGCCAUCCUUAUCCCCCGCCUGGACCUCGUCAUCUCGCUGGUGGGCUCGGUCAGCAGCAGCGCUUUGGCUCUCAUCUUCCCCCCGCUGCUGGAGAUCGCCACCUACUACACAGAGGGCAUGCACCCGCUGCUCAUCGCCAAGGAUGUGCUCAUCAGCCUCUUCGGCUUCGUCGGCUUCGUGGUGGGCACCUACGAGGCGCUGGUGGAGCUGGCUUCGCCCGCUGCUGUCAUCAAUGGCACCAGCACCUCGGGGCAGUGACAGUCCCCAUCGGGUGGUGGCACACGGGCUGGGUGCUCGGCCUUCUCCUCCUGCACAACGCGGUGGGUUUGGGCUGCGAGGGGUGAGGGGUGGCACAGCGCUCAUCCCCUCCACGCUGCUGUACAUAGUUACUUUGGGGAGAGGGGGAUGCCGGGGAUGUAGACUUCAUUUUUUUUUAUUUUAUUAUUAUUUUUUAAAUCCUUCCCAUAUUUCCCCCCAUCCCAUCGCUCUGGGACUGCUCUUCUCCGUGCCAGUUUGUUGUUUUUUUUGUUUUGAUUCUUUUUUUUUUCCCCAUCCCCCCCACCCCUCAGCACUUUAUUUUACAGCAACAAAGAAACCUCAGCUCAGUUGGGAGGUGCAGAGCUGCCUCCUCACCUCGGCCCUUGGGGACGCAGAGCAGCGCUGGGUGUGAGCACUGCUGGUGCAGGUCCUGCUGUGCUCCGGUUUCCAGCUCUCUCGUGCAGAGAGGGCUGGCAUGGAAGGUUCUAUUUGUUCCUUUUUCUUUUCUCCUUGCACACAUACCCCUCACGUGGUUUUUGGCAUUAGGAAUUCAGGUGUGCAGAGCUUGUGCUCUGCAGAAACACAGCGCCUGUUUGCUGCGCUCCGGCUGCAUCUGCAGCCCCCCACUGAAUGUUACACCUCCAAAAAGAACACUGAUCAUGUUGGUUUCCCUCCUGGCCCCGGUGGCAGCUCCCAGCAGGAGGUGCACUCCUCCCUCUUCUCCUCCUGCUGCUGGUAUUGGGGCAGGUACACGUGGGUGGCACAGACUCUGGCCUUGCCACACUUUGCCUUUCUCCUGCUUUAUUUUUGAAGGCAGAUGAGAGCACAUGAAUCCUCCAUUGGGUACUUCUUACUGGUGGUGCAGCUGCACUCAGGAGGGGAAGGGCACAUGGAAUGGUGUGCAUGCAGCCAGCAGGGCUGUGAGCUCCCUGCAGCUGGGAGAGGUGCAAUAUCUGUGCCCAGUGCUGGCACUGCUGUCCCCUGGCAGGGGAUGCCUGGCAGUCCCGACUGGAGGGACGGCCCUGUUUUGGGGUACAGCUGUGUGAUGUGUGUGUCCCCAGCACUGGGGUUGGUGGGUUUGCUGGAGUGGUGCAUAGCACCGAGCUCACUUUGCGCUCACGGGGCACCCUGGCAAUGUUGAGCAGUGUCUGGUGGAGUUCUUGGUUUUAUUGGGCUGAAGCACAGUGGGCUGGUGGGAAACACGUGGGAUACCAGGAGGGCCUGGUAUGGGACCAGGGGUACGCGAAAACGGGAUGCUUGUGUGUUGUAGCUGCUCUGUGACCAGGGGAAUUGUGUAUAUACAAAGGUGAUUAAUGUCUGUGUUGUGUGCCUAUGGAUAUUGUCAGUGUGGGUCGCUGCCCACUGCUGCAGCACCUGAAUCAUGUAUCUCACUUUAAUCAAUAAAUAAGAGUUAUUUUUUA